CCCGCGGAUCCGCGCUGGGCGGGGCCCGGGGUCGCGAUCUGGCCCGGGGGUCGCGACAGAACCCCACCCCCACCCCCCCACCGCUGCCAUGUCAGCCGAAAACGCGGCGGUGCCGGGAGAGGCCGGGCCGGAGACGAAGAGCGUGGUGACCCGCGUGGCCAACCUGGCCCUGGUGAGCUGUGCCUGCGGGGCCGUGGCCUCGGCGUACGGGCGCACCAAGGAGAGCCACCCCUGCGUGCGCUCCGUCUGCGACGCCGCCGAGAGAGGGGUGAGGACCCUGACGGCAGCAGCAGCGAGCGGGGCCCAGCCCCUCCUCACCCGGCUGGAGCCCCAGAUUUCCACCGCCAACAAACUGGCCUGCAAAGGGCUGGACAAGCUGGAGGAGAAGCUGCCGAUCCUGCAGCAGCCCCCUGAGAGGGUGGUGGCCGGGACCAGGGAGCUGGUGUCGGGCACGGUGAGCGGGGCGGUGGCGAGGACGCGCUCGGCGCUCGGGGCCAUGGUGGGCACCCGCGUGGGGCAGCUGCUGGCCACGGGUGUGGGCGCCGUGCUGGGCAAAUCAGAGGAGCUGCUGGAUCGGCACCGCCCCGGGACAGACGGGGAGCUGGCGGCUGCAGCAGGCACGGAGGUGACCAGGGGCACGGAGGUGGAGGCUCGGACGCUGGCCAUGCUCCACGGGCUCCUGCACCAGCUCCACUCCGCCUGCUCCCACCUGGCCGCCGGCGCCCGGGCAUUCCCCAGCAGCGUGCAGGAGACGGCGGGACACGUCCGGCACGGCGUGGAGGGCGUCCAGGCUUCCCUGGCCAGCGCCCGCUCCUUCCAGGACCUGUCGGGGCUGGUGCUGGCGCAGAGCCGGGACGCGGUGACGCGGGCACAGCUGAGCCUGGAGGGGCUGCUGGAGCACGUGGGGCAGCACACGCCCCUGCCCUGGCUCGUGGGACCUUUCGCCCCCGCGCUCGUGGAGUAUCCGGAGGAUGUCCCGGUGGAUAUGUCCAAGUGGGAGGGCUGUGUCACCGCGGGGGGGACGCACCGGGUGCCCGCUGCCCCCCAGCUCUGCAGUCAGCACUGA